CAUUAUUUAUGUUUUUACAUCAACAAGACACAUUAUUUAGUUUACAAUUAUUGAAUUUAAAGUAAAAGUUCAGACAAAGUUACACAAACAAACCGAUAAAAGUUUGAAUAUAAAACUCACUCUCUCCACUAAAACAAGUUAUUACAGGUAACCUAUUAUGUUCUAUCCUGCGGCUCAAAUACUUUGAGGGCGCCACCUGCCGGACAGCAGGAGUAAACACAUUUUCUCAACAUUGAUUUGUUGCAAAAGUUUUCAGUUUCACACAAAAAACUACAAUAACUGAAGCGCCCGCAUACCCACAAUGCACCGCGCUGUCUGAGAGGAAUCCAUCAGACUGAAUGAAAAACAGAGUUUUUGAAGAAACAGUAGGGGAACCAUUACACACACACGCACGCACACACACACACACACGCACAGUCUGUCUUGCAGCCUCUCUCUCUCUCUCUCUCUCUCUCUCUCUCUCUGACAGCAGAUUAACCGGGUCAGCAGCUGAUCCGGACAGAUGGUACCGGUCUGCAGCGCUCAGUCCUGACGCACACGGCCCGAGUCUUCCGAGGACUCGGUGCACGGAGGACUCGGUGCAGGGGGGCAGAGCGAAUCACACGUCAGAGGACAGACCGAUGAUCGGAGUCAAAGUGCAGACAGGAAGCUGCUCCUGAUCAGCGCCAUCAUGGAGCGGGGUUCUGUUCCUGCCGCGGGUCUGAUGUGGAUCCUGGGGGUCCUGGUGACGUGUUCGGGCCCGGUUCGGUCCCACCCGCAGUGUCUGGACUUCAAACCUCCGUUCAGACCGCUCCAAGAGCUGACGUUUUGCGUCAUGUACCGAGACUUCGGCUGCUGUGACUUCGACAGAGACCAGCAGCUGAUGAGAAAGUAUUACGUCAUCAUGGAUCAGUUCGACUACCAUGGCUACGCGACCUGCGCGAGCUACGUCCAGGACCUGCUCUGUCAGGAGUGUUCACCAUUUGCGGCUCACCUGUUCGACGCCGAGGACCCGAGCACCGCGGUCAGAACCAUCCCUGGACUCUGUCCGGACUACUGCUCCAUGUUCUGGAGGAAGUGCAGCUCCACCCUCCCCCUGAUCUCUGACGACCCGGUCGUCUCUCGUUUCAAAGACGACGAGAUGCGUCUCUGUCGACACCUAGAGCUGGAAGAUCCGGACUACUGCUACCCUCACCUCCUCAGUAACGACAGACUGACCCAGAACCUGGGCCGGGUCCAGUCCGACUCUGACGGCUGUCUUCAACUCUGUCUGGAGGAAGUGGCCAACGGGCUGAAGAACCCCCUCGCCAUGGUGCACGCCAACGACGGCACGCACCGCUUCUUUGUGGCCGAGCAGGUCGGCCUGGUGUGGACUUACCUGCCGGAUCGGUCCAGACUGGAGAAACCCUUUAUGAACAUCACGAAGGCGGUCCUGACGUCGUCCUGGGAGGGAGACGAGAGAGGAUUCCUCGGACUCACCUUCCACCCAAAGCACAAAUUCAACGGGAAGCUGUACGUGUAUUACUCUGUGGAGGUCGGGUUCGACGAACGGAUCCGGAUCAGCGAGUUCCGCGUGUCUCCCAACGACAUGAACCAGGUGGAUCACCGUUCUGAGAGGGUCAUUCUGGAGAUUGAUGAACCGGCCUCAAACCAUAAUGGAGGACAGCUUCUCUUUGCAGAUGACGGCUUCUUGUACAUUUUCACCGGGGACGGAGGGAUGGCCGGAGACCCGUUUGGGAAAUAUGGGAACGCCCAGAACAGGUCGGCUCUGUUGGGUAAAGCUCUGCGUAUUGACGUGGACGACAAUGAAAGAGGUCCGUUGUACAGGAUUCCUCCCGAUAAUCCCUUCAUACACGAGCGUGGGGCUCGUCCCGAGAUCUAUGCGUACGGCGUCCGGAACAUGUGGAGGUGUUCCGUGGACCGGGGGGACCCGCGGACCAAAGAGGGCAAAGGUCGGAUCUUCUGCGGGGACGUGGGUCAGAACAAGUUCGAAGAGAUCGACAUCAUCGAGAAAGGACGAAACUACGGCUGGAGGGCCAAAGAGGGAUUCUCCUGCUAUGACAAGAAGCUGUGCGCCAACAGCUCGCUGGACGACGUGCUGCCGAUCUAUGCGUACCCUCAUAAGAUGGGGAAGUCGGUGACCGGAGGCUACGUGUACCGAGGCUGCGAGUACCCCAACCUCAACGGCAUGUACAUCUUCGGAGAUUUCAUGAGCGGGCGUCUGAUGAGUCUGCAGGAGGACAGGGUGUCAGGUCAGUGGCGGUAUAAUGAGAUCUGCAUGGGGAAGGGUCUCACCUGCACCUUCCCCGGACUCAUCAACAACUACCAGCAGUACAUCAUCUCCUUCGCUGAGGACGAGGCUGGUGAGCUGUACUUCAUGUCCACUGGAAUCCCGAGCGCCACGUCACCUUCAGGAGUCGUCUAUAAAGUCGUCGACCCGUCCAGACGAGCUCCACCGCGACACUGUCACUAUGACCCUCAGCCAAUCAGAGUGAAGAGUAACCUCAUCAAGUUUGUCCCUCAAGAGACAUUGAUUGGUGAGGAACCUCAAAGCAGACACAGGCCCGAUGCUCCGCCCACAGAGUCAUAUGAUUGGAUCCAGGAGCUCAUAGACCAACUCGGGGAGUUGGGACCAGACCUGACCACGGCUCCGCCCACCACCAGCACCUCCAAACCCACCCGACACUCGAGGAGGAAGGGGCGCCGCAAGAAGGGCAAAUCCAGGGCUGAGAGUCGAGUGGAGUUCCAGGAUGGAGCGGUGAGGCUGGCGGGAGACGAGGAGGGGCGGAGCGACCGAGGACGGGUGGAGGUGUUUGUGGGUGGGGAGUGGGGCACCGUGUGUGACGACCUCUGGACCACCAACAACGCGGCGGUGGUCUGCAGACAGCUGGGCUACAGGUUCGCUCUGAAAGCAGCGAAAAACUCUGAGUUCGGGGAGGGGCGGGACCUGCGGAUCCUACUGGACGACGUUCAGUGUGAGGGGAGCGAGGCCACCCUGCUCGACUGCAAACAUGCAGGCGUGGCUACGCACAACUGCGCCCACUAUGAAGACGCCGGAGUGAUCUGUGGAAACUCAGACUAUGUUAUACAUGUCUGAAGGAUGACGGUCAGAAAUAAUCUUUAAAAAACAUGGCGUCUUAGAAGCACAACGUGAAUCUAACACCGUGAAAACAGACCUCAUAACACAACGAGUUUUAACAGUGGUAAAUAAAAAUAAGUACGUAUUGAAGGUGAUCUAAAAUAAUCUGUGAUCUCUGUCAUCACGAUAAUAACACAGAAAUGGUUUAACCUGGUAAAAUAAAUAAUAAUAAUAAUAAUAAUAAUAAUAAUAAGGGCUGUCAAACGAUUAAUCACAUUUUUAAUUGCGUGUUUAGAAUUCCAUUAUUUCGCAUUUAAAAAUAAACAUUGUGAGGCUUUUAUUUUGAAUUGUUGUGCGAUCUUAAGCGAGUGCUUGGCUCGCUGUUUGACUUCAACCAUGCUUUUAUUUUGAAAUAAAGUAGGGUGGAAGGUUAGGACAUGUUUUCAGCAGGUGGCGGUAUGCAAAUAGUUGGUUUGCAAAUCCGCUAAAAGGUAGAAAGAAGAAGUAGCAACCAUGGCUACCAUCCGCUGGCUAAGACCAUACUGCUAACUGUGGAUGUUUUUGUUAUUUCUGAGACGCUGACGACGACCCUCGUUCCGUUUGGAAUGACGUCAUAUAGCAGUCCACCUCUUUGUUUGAGCAGGGUUGCGUUCACAUCUCCCGCGGAUGUAACUCAAGUACACAUGAAUCGUGCCAGAGACUACCUUGACUCGGGCACGGUACCAGAGUACGGUACGAGUACCAGUACGUUUGUGUUGAACCAGACUUUAGGGUCAAGUGUACUCGCAUCCGGGACCCAGGUCCCUAGUGUGAAACCAGCCUUGACCACAGAAACAAGAAGUGGUUAGGGAUCCUAAAGUGACAUCUAAACAGCUCAAAGGAACGGUAACAAAGGUCAAUGUGUGAUGUCAUAAGGUGGAUAAUACUUCGACUUCGUCAGCUGAGCUGUCUCAAAGUUUGUUAAAGUGAAAUGAGACAUUCAAAGAUGCAGCAGUGUCCUUCUUUUACAUCACUGCGACUACAGGGAGACACUGAUGAGGGUGAUCUACGGUGAGCCUGAAGGGACAAAAUAGCAUGUGAUUAAAUUUCAGACCUUAAUUAAUCGUGAUUAACUAGUUAAUGCUGACAGCCCUUAUAAUAAUACAACAGAUAACAGACAUGAACACGGGUUUACUCAAACAUAAAUCAGCUGAAUGUAUUGAUCAUCUCUAACACUGCAGUAUUGAGUUUAAAUGUUUAUAGAAAAGUAUUUUUUAAUGGUUCUCUGCAGACGUGAAUGUUUAAUUGAAUGUUUUUUUUUUGCACUUUGCAUGAAGAUCAUCUCAGUGAUUUAGUGAUUUAUCACAGGAACACAUUUGAAUGUUAUAUUUCCUCACAUGAUGUUGAAUGUUUAUCAAUCAAUCACUGGUGGGUGUAUGAAUGUAUUUGUUAUAAUCACUUUGAUAGAUGAUUUUAUUAAAGAUUUUAUAGUCUA